AGAUUACGGCCGCAGGGUUUUGGUCGAUGUCGAGAGGGGUCGCACUGUCAAGGGUUGGCUCCCCCGCAGACUCGGCGGCGGUCUGGGCGGCACUCGUAAGGGAGCGCCCGAUGAGAAUGUAAGGCAUUCGGGACGGGAUGACGGAAGGAGUGAAGAACGGGAUCGCUAUGAGAAGGAAUCGCGCCGUCAUUCUAGAGAUAGAGGGGAGAGACCCGAGAAGAGGAGGAGUCGAAGCAAAGAGAGAGAUCGCGAACGAAGGGAUGAGAAACGCAGACGAAGUCGUAGUCCUAAAGAGAAGGAAAGAGAAAGAGGAGAGAGAGGGGAAAGGGAUAGAGAUAGGGCUGAGAGGACUGACAGGACUGAGAGGGCAGACAGGCCUGAGAGGACAGACAGGCCUGAGAGGGCAGACAGGCCUGAGAGGGCAGACAGGCCUGAGAAGACAGACAGAGACCGACGUAGUCGUAGAGAAGGUUAUGAGAGUCAUCGGCGUUCGGAGCGCUCAAAGAGCUCUAGAGAUACGCUGUAUGGCGAGGAACAGA